AUGGAUUACGAUAUCAAUAUGGACGAUAUCGCCGACGGUUUUGCACCUCCGACGGCGACAAUUGGUGACAACACAAGCAUCGCACAACCCGCCGUAGCACCGUCUCCCUCGAACGAACGCGACCUAGAAGAUUCAACUAUCGUACGGAACAAGGUACACAUUCGAGGCCUGGACACAUUGACCACGGAUGACAUCAAAAACUAUGUGAAGAGUCACUUUGGUCCCCCAGAGAGAGUUGAGUGGAUCGAUGAUGAAUCCGCAAACCUACUCUUUGGGUCGGAAAGUACGGCGCAGGAGGCUCUAGCAGCAUUGAGCGCCAUCGAAAUCGCCGAUGUUACUCAAUUGUCUCCCAAAGAGACGAUUCCAGCCAAGGCAGUCACAUCCCACCCAGAUGUCAAUCUUCAGAUUCGGUUCGCCGUGGUUUCCGACAGGAAGAUUCGAGGCGCCGCCGAGCGAAGUCGAUUCUACCUGCUGCACCCCGAAUUUGACCCAGAGGAGAGAAGACGACGUGAGGGAAACAGGAACAGAUAUCGCAGUCGGGACGAAGAUGACCGUCGACGCAACGGCCGUGGAAGAAAUCAACGCGACCGAGACUCGAGCCCCGAGGUGUUCCACGCGAGCAUGUACGACGACGAUGAGGACACACUGGCAGACCGCAGGCCAGCACGUCACCCGAGAUCUCGCUCAAGAGACUCGACUUCGCGCGAAGAGCGGUCCUACUCGUCUCGCAAUCAGGAAAAGGAGCUGUUCCCUAGUCGGUUAUCAGGAGCAGGAAAGCGACAACGGAAUCGUUCUGCUUCACCCAUGCGGGAUCUCGACGGUGACGCAGCAAUGGAUGUGGAGGCAGCACGCGCGCCGAGGGCCAGCAACCGAAACAACAGGGAAAGGGCAUCCGGUAUCAGGGAUCGUUUGGCCGAGGACAACACUUCCAGGGAAUUGUUUCCCACCAAGGGCUCGUCGAUGGGCAAGACGCAUAUGGACAGGGUUAUGGACGGCGCGGAUGAAGCUACGCGAAUCAUGCAGCAAAAGAUGAGCAUGAGCAACGAUCGCGCCGGCAAGAAGGACUUAUUCGAUCGGGACAGAACCGACACAACGAGUUCCGGUGCUGGAUUUUCCAUCAAAGGCGCGGCGGGUGCGAACGUCAAGGAGCUGUUCCCGAGCCGCUUUGGAGGUGGCGGUAAUACUGGAAAAGAACUCUUUGCCGACAAGUUGGAGGGCCGUGGCCGUCGGCGGCAGAAAGCCGAGGACCUGUUCUCGUAG